GCAGCCGUCGAAGAUCCGUUCUCAACACUGCAGCUGUCAUUCAGGACUUGGAGUCCUCGGAGGAGUACGAGUAUGCGCGGCUGUUUCGCAUCCUUCUGGAAAUCGAGCGCAAUGGCGAUGCGGAGCUCUGUGUUAGGAACUUCCUUGCAGAGAACUGCGAGGUUACCGACUUAAUACUGGACGCCUUGCCCUUUCUUCAGGAGGUUGAAGCAGGCCAGAUCAUCCUGCCUACUACAGACGCAGAGAUGCGGCAGAAUCCUACCUUCCGGGAGUUCCUGCAAGCGAUGAGGGAGAAAUGCAUCUCCAAUGCCACCCUCCUGCGGAUCUUCACGAAGCUGAGCCCACAUCGUUCAGCGGCUUCAAAGGAUGCCUGCCGCCUGGAAGCGAAGAGGUUUUGCCUCGAUCAUUUCGAUGCCAACCUGCAGCAGAGCGACUGGGAGCAGAUCCUGCAAGAAGCCUUCGCUGGUGCAGGCGACGAGCUGACCCUGCAACAAUGGAUGAAGGGCUGCCGCUGGGCUGCCCGAGCAGCAAGGUUGAUCAUGACGCUGCGGCUGGCAUAG